AUGGCUCUCAAGGCUGAAAUCAAGUCUUUAAAAAAUGAGGUUGCUAAAGAAGCACCAUCGAUCAUCCACAAAGCUGGCAAGCCUUACAGUACAAAAGUUGUUUCCGUGGACACUCUUGUUGGCCCCAAAGGUGGGCUAGGAGAGAUUUGCCAUAUUAUACUUGAUCACGGAGGCCAAUUUCAUUUUGUGGAAGGCCAAUAUCUUGGAAUAAUUUUACAUCCGGAUGAUGAUGAUGAUUCAUUGCAUACCCCGUUUCGCGUUAUAAUUCACUCUUUCUCCAUUGCAUCAGGCAGAGAUGGAGAUUCUUCUGAUGGCAAGAAACUGAGUUUGAGUGUUCGUCGUGCAGAACUGUCACCGCACGAUGCCAGUAACUUCCUCUGUAACGGACCUUUUGGGAAAACAAUGGUAUUCUCAGAGAAUCUGGAAGCAAUACAUAUCAUGGUUACAAUGGCAACUAGUAUUGCUCCUUUCCGUAGUAAUAUCCAGUGA